AUGGCCAAUUACGGACCGGCAUAUGGAACACUUGCCAGCAAUCUCGUAAAGAUAGCAACAAAACGUGAUCCUAAACUUGACAGCCAAGCACAAGCAUGGAUCGAGUUAGUAAUCGCUGAAAAAUUUCCCAAUUGUUCUUAUGAAGAUGCUCUCCGGAAUGGUAUUAUCUUGUGCAAACUUAUGAACAAACUUCAACCAAAUGCUAUCCCAAAAUUUACCACAACAAUUGGAGGAUUUAGAUCACGAGAAAAUAUAUGUUUCUUUCAAAAUGCGGCUCGUGCCUACGGCUUACGCGAUCUAGACUUAUUUCAAACUGUCGAUCUAUUUGAAAAACGUAACAUAGCUCAAGUAACAUAUUGUAUAAUUGCACUUGCUCGACAAGCUCAAAAGAAGAGUUUCAAUGGGCCUAUUCUUCGAACAAGCACGGCAGAAUUUUGCCCAUGUGAUGUCACUGAAGAACAACUAUUUGUUAGAAAAAGUCUAACCGGAUUUCUAGACGAAGGGUUGAUCAAAUUUGCUAACUCUUCUAAGCUUUCGUAA